AUGCCUCAUCUAAGCGUCCCUGCAAGGGACAAACAAAUCAGUGUCAAGAUCCCCCAAGGCAUCAAUGGAAAUCAUAACGGAACUAAUGGAACGACUAACCCAACUAACGGCCAUCUCUCGCCGAAUUCAAAUGGCCCUCUUUCGCCGCCCAUUUUGGAUACCACCCAGAAAAAACCACCUAAACCACCACUGAGCAGACCCAUUUUACCAAUAAAAAAGGCAAAAACAUUGCCUAUUCAUUUUGAAGAGAAGAUCUCACCAAAAAUGCCCACGCCCCUCAUUUCUGGUAAAAAGCUUUUUGUAACUAAGCCUUUAAAAGAAGUUCGUGUGAUACCUCAGACUCCAGAGAGUUUACGCAUUAAAUCUCCCAGCCCAUGCAAAAGAAAUGUAUCGGUAUCCGUGGAGUCAGGAUCAAUAGCUGAACUAGCAAAACGACAUAGUUCUAGUAGCAUGAUAAUAUCGCGCUCUCCUAGUCCAGCCAGCUACAGUAGCAUCAAAAGUUCUGCCAGCCAGUACUCUACGUGUAGCAGCAAUGGUACUUUUGUACCUCUCUCGAGAUCUUCUAGCAUGAACUCAUCUCUUAGAAGCCCGACACCGCGGAGAAUAUAUCCUCAAAGCUGUGAUAGAUCUGACAGCGUCGAUUUAAAAGAGUUGAGGUCCAAAGAACAAGCACCCGUUGUUUUUGAUGCUAACUUAUCUUUUGUUUUGGGUUGUAAAAAGCAACCGGUUCGGCAAAGGUUCAAGCCGCAACCAGCUUAUUUAGAAGAAGGUACAUCUUCAAAUUACUUAUCGAAUAAAAUAGAUAACUUCUUGAAACGCACUGAUCACAUAAAGGAUGAGUGGCGACGUUUGGGCCAUAAAGACGAACCGGACUUGGAUAUGUAUUAUGAUGGAAUAAAACGAAAAGUUGGUAGAUCAAAAUCAGCGACAAAUAUAAUGAUUAAAGGCUUCACAUUGUACAGCCGUACAGGAAGUAGAGCUAGCAGCAUGUCAUCAAGAGGAGUUUCAGAAGAUAGAACAACUGUCUCCGAAAUGGACGAGCUAUCCGAAGUGGGCAGCGAGUUGGCUGAGGAGAGAUCAGCGGCUGCUCUUGCUACGGAGCGCGCCGAUGCUGAGGCAGCAGAGCGCCUGCGCAUAGAAAGAGACAAUAGAGAGCUACUUGCGAACAACCAGCGGUUACAACAGGCUUCAGAACGUCUCGAGCUUGAGCUCCUCCACUGGAGAUCAUCUGAAAAUGGCGGUGCUGAACCAUCAGACUCUGAAGGUUCGGAGGCCGACGGGGCUAAUACUGAGAAAUACAAGAAACGAUUCGAACGCGCCCAUCGCGAGCUACAGCUUGUCAGAGCUCAGCUUCGAAGGCAACAUGAAGACGACCUGGAACAACUUGUCACUGUUAAGAAACAGCUAGAAAAGAAGGUUCAAGAUGCUUACGAAGAGGUGGAGGAACAGCGGGCGGUUGCGGCGCAAUGGAAACGCAAGUUGCAGAAACUUACGAACGACAUGGCUGACCUACGAUCAUUGUUAGAUGAACAGACAUGCCGUAAUAACCUUCUAGAGAAACGCCAGCGUAAGUUCGACACAGAGCUUCAGAGUGCGCAAGAGGAGCUGAAGCGAGAGAGGUCGGCAAAAGACAGGUUGUCAAGGGAAAGGGAUCAGGCACAUGCUGAAAAAUACGCGCUGGAACAAAGCCUCUCUGAAGCUCGGCUGGAAAUCGAGUUGAAAGAAGAGCGUCUUGCUACUGCAACGAGGGAAUUAGAAGAACGUGGAGGCGGUGGUGACGAGUUGACUGCGUUACGACGGGCCAAGUCUGAACUGGAACGACGUGUAAGAGAUCAGGAAGAGGAGUUAGAUGAAUUAGCUGGACAGAUACAGUUGUUAGAAAGUUCCAAGCUUCGCGUAGAGAUGCUGUUGGAGCAGCAACGCAAAGAGGCCCGACUGGAAGCAGCCGCUAGAGAUGACGAAAUGGAGGAGACCAGGGCUAAUGCUGCCAAGAAACUGAAAAUACUGGAGAGUCAACUUGAAAGCGAGCAUUCAGAACGCAGCCUUCUCUUACGCGAGCGUCACGAGCUGGAGCGACGAUUGGCUUCACUCGAAGAGACAGCAAGGGCUGAAGCACAAGAACAAAUUCAACUCAUACAUCGCCUUAAGAGAGACCUUAAGCGAUACAGAGCCUUACUGCGGGACGCUCAAACAAUGUUGGAACAGAAAGAAAAAGAAGGCGGAGGAAAGGCACAGAUUAGACAACUUAAGAAUCAGGUGGAAGACCUGGAACUAGCAGUUCGUGCCGCGAACAAAGCACGUUCGACGGCUGAAGCGGAGGCAUCAGAAGCAACAGCCGCUUUGGAAGAAGCCAACCGCGCAAGAAAUGAAGCCGCAGAACGAGCAUUAACAGCAAGCAGGGACGCGGCGGCUGCGCGUGCGCAACUCGAUGACGCUGAGGAGGAAGCUGCUGAGCUAUUAAAGAAAUUCCGUGCUAGUACCAGCGCCCUCUGUGCCGCUCAAGCGGAAGUUCGCGAGGCAGAAGCCAAAGCCGAAGCAGCGAGUGAAGAUGCGCGAGUGGCGAAAGAGAGAUCAAAUGAGUUGGCUGCCCGUCUCGCUGCGGCCGAAGCGGGACACUCGCAUGGACAACAUGAGACUGAAAGGCGAUUGGAGCUUAGGAAUAAGGAACUGGAAUCGAGUCUUGAGUUAGAGGCGACAUCUCGUGGUCGGCUCGAGAGUCAGGUGGCACGAUUGAAGGAUGCGCAUGAGCAACUUGCAGCAGAACUGGCAACUGCCAGAGCCAAAGACCAGCAAGCAGCGGAAGAGCUACGGAAAUGGACAAGACAAAUUCGUGAACUAAAAGAAGAGAACACCUCACUAAAUGCAAAACUAGCAGAAACGACACGUUCGAAGUUAGCAGCGGAAUCCGCGGCUCAAACCGCAGCAGCGGAAGCAGCCGCUGCUAGAGAUGAAGCAAGACUUGCAGCACGACGUGCUACAGCACUACAGGAAGCUAUAGCUGGGGAUCUGUCAAGUCCUGGAGAUUCAAGAGAUACUGAUAGUGAAAACGACAGCUACAGCUCAGACGAGUCAAUUGGGACUUUUCUCGCGAACCACAAACUGAGUCCCGCUGCGCCAUCCCGCUCUUCUUUGCACCACGAGUCGCACAAGUCAACAAGCUCGGAAGGCCGCGCCAGUCGUUCCAGCAUUAGCUCUGGCUCGAAGCCCCUAAGUCCAACAAAGGACUCGUAUGCAUAA